AUGGCUGCUUCCGCCUUUAACCCUUCCUUCUAUGCCUCCCGCUCUGAUCUUAACGAGAACGGUUUGGGGCUUCUAUUGUUUUCUCGGCCGAGCUUUAGGGUUGGCAGACUAUUACCUGAGAAAAAAAACGGAUUGUUGGAUGCUAAGCGAUUCGAAUUGCGCUGCUCUAGAGAGAGAGAAAUGGAUGUCAGCACAUCUGCUUUGGUCGAAGGCGUUGCUGCAUGCUUUGAUGAUGUGAAAGUGAAGGAGCCCAGCAUUUCGACUUUGUUGAUGAAUAUUCAGAGUGAAUUCGAUCCUUAUGCUGCAGUCAGUACUCCUCUUUACCAGACAGCUACAUUUAAGCAGCCUUCCGCAACAGAGUUUGGUCCUUACGAUUAUACUAGAAGUGGAAAUCCUACCCGUGAUGAAUUGGAAAUGUUAUUAGCCAAGCUUGAUAAGGCAGAUCGUGCUUUUUGUUUUACUAGUGGAAUGGCUGCUUUGUCUGCUGUCACCCAUCUUGUUGGAACUGGUGAGGAAAUUGUUGCCGGAGAAGACAUAUAUGGUGGUUCUGAUCGAUUAUUAUCACGAGUAGUUCCGAAGAAAGGAGUUGUAGUGAAGCGAGUGGAUACAACUGAUCUAAGUGCGGUUGAAUCUGCAAUUGGUCCAUGGACAAAGCUUGUCUGGCUAGAGAGUCCAACAAACCCUCGCUUACAGAUUUCUGAUAUUCGUAAAAUAGCAGAGAUGGCUCAUGGUCAUGGUGCUCUCUUGAUGAUUGAUAACAGUAUUAUGUCCCCUGUACUUUCACAGCCAUUAGACCUUGGAGCAGAUAUUGUGAUGCACUCAGCAACUAAAUUCAUAUCUGGACACAGUGAUGUCAUGGCAGGUGUCCUUGCUAUAAAAGGAGAAAGCCUGGCGAAAGAGAUAGCUUUCCUACAAAAUGCUGAAGGAACUGGUUUAGCUCCUUUUGACUGUUGGAUAUGCUUACGUGGUAUUAAGACUAUGGCUUUGCGUAUUGAGAAGCAACAGGAGAAUGCACAAAAGAUUGCUGAAUUCCUCUCUUCUCAUCCGUGUGUGAAGAAAGUUAAUUAUGCUGGUCUUCCUGGUCAUCCUGGGCGAUCUUUACACUAUUCUCAAGCAAAGGGUGCAGGUUCUGUGCUUAGCUUUCUUACGGGGUCAGUGGCACUCUCAAAGCACAUUGUAGAAAAUACCAAGUACUUCAGCAUAACUGUUAGCUUCGGGAGUGUGAAGUCACUCAUAAGCAUGCCUUGCUUUAUGUCCCAUGCGGCCAUACCUGCUGAUGUUCGUGAGUCCAGGGGUUUAACUGAAGAUCUUAUUCGUAUCUCUGUGGGCAUUGAGGACGUUGAUGAUCUGAUUGCUGAUUUGGACAAUGCAAUUAGAACAGGACCCUUGUGAGGGGUUUCAUUGUCAUUUGAUGUCUCAUUGUCCUGUUCAAAUUAGGUGACGAUGAAUUGUUGGUGGACAUGAAACAAUUCAUGUGUCUUGAUUUUAUGAACCAAAAAGAGGAAGGGAAAUAAUAGCUUAUU